AUGGCGACCCCCGUAGAGGCAGUGGGCAGCGGGGCUUUGGAGACAUGCAGUCUGGACCAGAUUCUGGAAGCGUUGAAGCUGCUGCUGAGCCCGGGAGGAUCAGGCUCAAGUUCACUACAAAACACAAAACAUAAUGUCUUAUUGGCUACUUUAAAAUCUAAUCUGUCUGCCUUGGAGGACAAGUUUCUGAAGGAUGCUCAGUGGAAGAAACUGAAACUCAUACGAGAUGAAAUUGCUGAGGAAGCAGAAUGGCCACAGAACUCCGUGGACAUCACUUGGAGUUUCACCUCUCAAACCUUGUUGCUGCUGUUGUGCUUGAAGGAAACCAUGAUCCGCCUAGCAGCUGAUUUCCAUCCAGGUAAACCCAACCCUAGGACUCCAGAAGUUGCUCCUGCCCUCAGCCCUGACACACUCAGUAUAUCACAGCAGAAGACUGUCCAGUCUGUUUUGCAAUUUGUGGUUACUUUGGGUGUGUGCCCCUACCUUGUACCUGGUGUCGGAGUCCCUUUGAGAUCCAGGACUGAAUUUGGUGCUGUUGUUCAUGAUGUUGUGUGGCCUGAUGCUGCUCCCCAUGCAACCCGGAGACUGUACACCAGCUGCAUGGUCCUCCUAAAUGUUGCUCGGCAUGCAUCCUUGGGAAGCUUGAUUUUCUGCCGCCACUUCGGGGACAUUGCAGCAGGUCUGUGCCAACUGGGAUUCUGCCCAACCAAAAGAAAACCACCAACACCUGUGGAAGAGGUUUUAACUGAAGAGGAACGAACCCUGGCCAGGGGGGCCUUGAGAGACCUAUUGGAUCAAGUAUAUCAACCAUUAGCAGUCCGUGAAUUACUUAUCCUGCAGGGAGGACCUCCCCAGUCCUGCACAGAUGUGAAGACACACCUGAGGUGUCAGGCCCCAGCCUGGCUUCGGUGUCUAUGUGGGCAACUGCUCUCUGAGAGGUUAAUGAGGCCCAGUGGUGUUCAGGCAGUAGUCCGGGGCAUUUUGGAAGGAGCAGGUGCGGGGGCAGCUGGUGGGAGUGAUGCUGAGGCAACAGCUGCUGACUGGAAGAAGUGUGAUUUAAUUGCAAAGAUUUUGGCCUCUUGUCCCCAGCAGUCUCUUUCUCCAGAGAGUUACUACAAAGACAUCUGCCCUCAGAUUCUAGAUUUAUUUCAUUUUCAAGAUAAAUUGACUGCACGACAGUUCCAGAGAGUUGCCACCACUACGUUCAUAACUAUAUCGAGAGAACACCCACAACUGGCAGCCAAGUAUUUGCUUCAGCCAGUGUUAGCUCCUCUUCACCGGUGCUUGAACACUACAGAGAUUCCAGAGAGUGACAUGGUGCCAGGGGCCAUUUUGGUGACAGAAGAAGAACUUAAUAGAUGUGUUGAAGAUGUGUUUAAGGUUAGUAAUUCAAGUCAGUAACGUUUUGAGCUAAUCUUUGUACCUAGUCUUUAAAGUGUUUUUGCUGUUUUGUUUUUGUUUUUGUUUUGAGACACAGUCUUGCUAUCUAGCUCAGGUUGGCCUCAAACUCACAAUCCUC